GGGAAAAGGGACAGCCUCUCUCCAGGCCCUCACCUGUUCUGGGCCCCCAGCGAUCCAAGCUCAUCCCCAACAAUCCCGCUGUUUCCCCUGCGGGCCACUUUCGGAGGAAGCAGCAGGCUCCAGGGGAAGGCGGGCUGGCGAGUUCUCUUUCUCCAGCCUCUAACUUUCUGGUACCCUUCCGGAUUCCCAGCCCCAGUGGAGAAGGUCUCCCUCGUGAACCCCUGUUGUUACUAUCCAUGCCAGCACCAGGGUAUCUGUGUCCGCUUCGGCUUUGACCGCUACCAGUGUGACUGUACCCGCACGGGCUAUUCCGGCCCCAACUGCACCAUCCCUGAGCUAUGGACCUGGCUCCGGACUACUUUGCGGCCCAGCCCCUCUUUCCUCCACUUCCUGCUGACGCAUGGCCGCUGGUUCUGGGAGUUUGUCAAUGCCACCUACAUCCGGGACAUGCUCAUGCGUCUGGUACUCAUAGCGCGUUCCAACCUCAUCCCCAGCCCCCCCACCUACAAUGCAGCUCAUGACUACAUCAGCUGGGAAUCCUUCUCCAACGUGAGCUACUAUACACGUGUUCUGCCCUCUGUGCCCCAAGACUGCCCCACGCCCAUGGGGACCAAAGGGAAGAAGCAGUUGCCCGAUGCCGAGCUCCUAAGCCGUCACUUCCUGCUCAGGAGGAAGUUCAUCCCUGACCCCCAAGGCAGCAACCUCAUGUUUGCCUUCUUUGCGCAACACUUCACACAUCAGUUCUUCAAAACUUCUGGCAAGAUGGGUCCUGGCUUCACCAAGGCUUUGGGCCAUGGGGUCGACCUUGGCCACAUUUAUGGAGACAAUCUGGAACGUCAGUAUCACCUGCGGCUCUUUAAGGAUGGGAAACUCAAGUACCAGGUGCUGGACGGAGAGAUGUACCCGCCAUCGGUGGAAGAGGCACCAGUGCUGAUGCACUACCCCCGGGGCAUCCCGCCCCAGAGCCAGAUGGCAGUGGGCCAGGAGGUGUUCGGGCUGCUUCCGGGGCUCAUGCUCUACGCCACACUCUGGUUGCGUGAGCACAACCGAGUGUGUGACCUGCUGAAGGCUGAGCACCCCACCUGGGGCGAUGAGCAGCUCUUCCAGACGGCCCGCCUCAUCCUCAUCGGGGAGACCAUCAAGAUUGUGAUCGAGGAGUACGUGCAGCAGCUGAGUGGCUACUUCCUGCAGCUCAAGUUUGACCCGGAGCUGCUGUUAGGCACCCAGUUCCAGUACCGUAACCGAAUUGCCAUGGAGUUCAAUCACCUCUACCACUGGCACCCGCUCAUGCCCGACUCCUUCCGGGUGGGCCCCCAGAACUACAGCUAUGAGCAGUUCCUGUUCAACACCUCCAUGCUGGUGGACUACGGGGUCGAGGCCCUGGUGGACGCCUUCUCUCGCCAGCCCGCGGGCCAGAUCGGCGGGGGUAGGAACACAGACCACCAUGUCCUAUACGUGGCUGCGGAAGUCAUCAAGGAAUCGAGAGAGUUGCGGCUGCAGCCCUUCAAUGAGUACCGCAAGAGGUUUGGCAUGAAGCCCUACACCUCUUUCCAGGAGCUCACAGGAGAGAAGGAGAUGGCAGCUGAGUUGGAGGAGCUGUAUGGAGACAUCGAUGCCUUGGAGUUCUACCCAGGGCUGCUUCUUGAGAAGUGCCCUCCAAACUCCAUCUUUGGGGAGAGUAUGAUAGAAAUUGGGGCUCCUUUUUCCCUUAAGGGCCUCUUAGGGAAUCCUAUCUGUUCUCCGGAGUACUGGAAGUCGAGCACAUUUGGUGGUGAGAUGGGUUUCAACCUUGUCAAGACGGCCACGCUGAGGAAGCUGGUUUGCCUCAACACCAAGACUUGUCCCUACGUCUCCUUCCACGUGCCGGACCCCCGCCAGGAGGACGGGCCUGGAGUGGGGCGGCCAUCCACAGAGCUCUGAGGGGCCAGGGCGGCAGCAUUCUGGAGGGUAGAGCUUACUGUUCAUCAUUCCAGAAUGCCGAGGCCAGGGUUGAUAAUCUUCAAUGUUGGGUUUCUGAUUUGGUGUUGAGCGCAUAAGGGUGGACGUUUAGAACUCUGGGUCUCUCACCACGAUCUGGAACACUGUGGUCUUGUUUGUCGAUCUAGAAUGCUGAAUUCCUGGUGAGCCAUCUAGAAAGUGAGGAGUGGUUCUCCUUCGGAAUGCCAGAACACUGGUUUCCCGGUUGAUCACCUAGAAUGUCAGAUUUCUGGCUGAUCCAGAAUACAGGCAUUCUAAAAUAUGGGACUCCUGAUGGAAUCAUCUAGAAAGUUAAGGGGUUCUUAUUUUGCAUUCUAGAAUUCUGGGUGGUCCUCCGGAGUGUUGACUUUCUGAUUGGUUAUUCAGAAUGUGGUGUUCCUGGUUGCUGAUCCAGAACAGUAGCUGGUGUGCUAUAGAUCUGUCCUGUCCUGAAUGUCUGGAGCAUUGAUGAUUCAUUUUCCUGUUCAGUGAGACAUCCACAGAGCAGGGGAAUCUAAUGUCUAAUGAGAAUGCAUUGCCUGAAUCUGUGCCUGCACAGAGGAGGCAAGGAGGUGGGGUGUUCUGCUUGGGACCCCAACUGAGACCCUGGUCUGAGGCUAUAGAGAGAACAGGUGGCUUUUUCCAGGCCAUUGACUGGAAGUCACCAGAGCUCUGUCUUUGUCCAGAUCUUGACUCACGGCAGCUGUUUUUCAUGAAGUUAAUAAAGUUCUUUUUCCAAAUUG